AUGGACCGCAUGUUGGGUUCUAACAAGGAUACGGAGUCGAUAUACGAAAUAUAUCGAGCAUGUCGACUUUGUGGUGGUGGAGCAGGCUACAAAAUGCCGAUCAUUCAAAACAUUGUCGAUUUGGAUGGAUCUGAGGUGGAACUCAAACAAAAAAUACGCGAUUGCGUCCAAAUAGAGGUACAUCAAGAUGAUAAGAUGCCUCCAUUGAUAUGUGAGCUAUGUGUAGACAAAGUCAACGAUUUCUACGAGUUCCUGGACAUGUGCCGUCAGACAAACAAACGGACAAGACUGAGGCUCGGUCUGCCUCCUCAAUCCAUGCCCAGAGGAGCUCCCGACGCUGGUGACUGCAUCCUGGGUGUGACUGAGCCAAUUUUUGGGAACGAGGAUUCCGAUGGUGAGCCAUUGUCCAAACACAAGAAGGUGAAAGUUAAAAGAGAGCCCGUGGUACGCAUAAAGCUAGAAAACUUAGAAACAGAAGAGCGCAGAUUACGUCAUAAAAACUCGGAAGAGCCAGAACGUAGGCAUCGUCACGGAAACUCGGAGGACCAAGAACGUUCUACACGUCACAAUAGACUAGACUCAAAUUUGCGUGUCACACGACACAGCAGGAGUAGAGAUGAAGACAUCACCCUCAGCAGUCUGAAGGAUAAGACCAUACCAUCAAGAACUCCAAAAUCUAUUUUGAAGAAGGAUAGUAAUUCAAAGACGGAUAAACAACCGGUGACAGGUUGUUUGAAACGUUUGCGGGAUAAAGAUUCUAUCCAAUCGGAGAAUCCAUCGAAAAAGGUCAAACUCAACAUAAAAACACCAACACCACCAAAAAAGCUUUCACCGAAGUCAUCACCACGCCUUCAACCCAAGUCCAAACCGACCAGGACUUUGAGGUCUCCGGUCGUUUCGCUGCCCAAGAGUUCUCCAUCUCCCGCCAAGGAGAUGUACCCUUGCGACAUAUGUGGGUACAGCAGCAAGACUACGCAAGCGCGAGCCAGCCACCUGAGGUCGCACACCGUCGGGUUUACCAACACCAGACUCGCGUGCAAUCCUUGUGGUGAUUGGUUCCCAACAACAGAAGAGCUCGCCACGCACCAGAAGAGACACAAGUCCAGAAGUUUACCGUACAACUGCAGAAUUUGUGAUACCGACUUCAAAAAGUUAUCCGAUUAUGAUAAUCACUUUGAAGAGUACGAAUGCAUACCGUUUGUCGAAGUACCGGACGUGAAGUGUGAUGUUUGUUGGCACCUUUUCCCUACAAACAAUCUUUUGGAAGGUCACAAAUGCCUCGGAGAAGACAACAGGCCUGGUGGUGAUGUGAUCAUCAACAAGGAACUCCUCAGCAAGCUGAAACCCAUCCAAGUCAGGAUAUCACGCUGCGACCCUCUACUUGCAAAUGUCAAGCAAGAACACUAUGACGUCUCCUGUGUUUCAGAUGAAUACGGCCUGGAUGAGAAUUGUUACUACCCUUACAUAUCAGGGCUCCGCAUCAAGUCAGAGUUCCGAGGGAUGGUGGACAUCCAUGAUGAAAUAAAGAAAGAAUUCUGUUCAGAAGACUAUGUGCACUGGGACUCGGACGAUAGUGACUCUGAUGAUGAAAUCACUUGUAAUGUGGCUCUCAAUCCGUGUGAUAAGAAGAAGAGAGUUCCAUCUCUAGCUGCUUUAACUCUUAAAACAAUAUUCUCCUACAGAUUUUUAGGGAAAGUGCCAAGAAAAAGGAGAAAAGUGAAACCAGAGAGAGUGUUUGAUUCAAUUUUAACUGAUCAGGACGAGGUAAGGAUGGACAUAAGUAGUAUAAUUGAUAAUUUGGGUGAUGAUGAUAUUGACAAAAAUAAUGGAAAUGAUGAUGAUGAUAAAGUGGAUAAUGAUAGAAGUCAAGAUGAUUGUGGUAACAAAUGUUUAAAUCUAGAUGAUAGUGAUAUGAUUAAGGAAAGUGUAGUCAAUAAUGGUGUUAAUGAUAGUGAUCAUAAUGAUAAAACAGAUACCGUCAGUUCUAUUGACGAUUCUGCUACUGUUAAUGAUGUUAUAGUUGAUUUAAAUGUAAAUAAUGAAAUUAAUUUGACUAAAGAUAACAUUUCACUAGACUCAACAGACACAAAAAAGAAUUUUAACGAAAAUAAUGAUAAUAGAACGGAAAAUUCGGAAAGUAACGAUAAUUGUACUAAUGAUUCAUUAGAGAAGGAAGAGAAACUUUUAGAAAUUAAGUCGUUUGAUUCUGAAUUAUUAGAAAGCAAUUCAACAAUGGAUGGAAAUGAUCUUGACUCAAAGUCAUCUAUCACUAAUUAUACCGAUAAUAGUAAUUUAGAAUCGAAUGUCAACAAUAAUCAUCAAAAUAAUGAUUCAGACCGAAUCAGUAAUAAUGAUAAUGAUUCAAUAGACGAUGCGAUGUUAACAGAUGAACUUGAUAAGAGAAGUACUGAAUCUAAUAUUAACAAUAGUCUUAAUGAUAAUGAUAAUUCUACCAAUAAGGUAAUUAAUGAUUUAGACGACUUAAUAAACAAUAGUACGGAAAUUAAAGUCGGUUUGAGUAACAUAGAUGAUUUUAAUUUCGACAGUUAG